AUGACAGAUUAUUUCGAUGAAUUGAACUGUCAACCAGUUGAAGAGGAGAAUACGGGAACACAUCAACUCAUGCUUAUGCUCAGAUACUUAAGACAAAGCGGGUUUGAUGCAUUAUUGAACAUGAAUAUGAACGACGAUCGCUUACCUCCAGCAGCUUCAAAAGAACUCGUAAAGAAUCUUGAGUCACGGCAUGUGACAGAAGACGAUGAAAAAUGUGCCAUUUGUUUGCUACCCAACGAGAACUUGAAUGGACAAAAAUUUCUGAAACUGCCUUGCAACCAUGAAUUUCAUGACUCUUGCAUUUUACCUUGGCUUGAAAGAACAAACUCGUGUCCGAUGUGUCGACAAGAAAUGAAAACUGAUGAUGAAGACUACGAAGAACAAAAGAAACGGAAACAAAGACAACAACAGCGAGACGAAGAGGUUGAAAUGCUUCAUAAUUCUAUGUACGGUUAG